AUGGCAUCCAUCAUUAGUGCACUACUCGCCGUCUUUACCAUCUUUGCCAUCUCCGAAACUUCUACCAAGCAUCCACAACAGUUUGGGAAUUCCUACCACAAGGAUACUGCCAAAGUCAAUGCUAAGAAGAGCAACAAAAAGGAUGCCAAAAACGAAUCUCGAAACGCUAGUAUGGUGCCCCGUAGUUUGCUCAAGGUCUAUCCAGAAGAGCUCACCUACUACAGCAACAUCAACUUGAACCAAGCAUGCAACAACAACUGCAACACUGCCGCUGCCGCCACUACUAGCUAUACUACUACCGUAAGCACCAUCUAUAAAAAUGAAUUCUAUUCUCCGUUUCGCUUUGCCAUCGCCGUGUCUGCUGCAUCUGGUGUAUUAGAUUGUCUUGAAUAUACUGCUGGUGACUACUUUGAGGUUUUGGAUGUUUCUGAUUGCGUAUCAAGAGUAAGGCGGCUCGACAACGGUCGCACCGGUAUUAUUGAUUCAUUCAUGAAUGCGAAUGGAGACAGUCUGGGAGAGCUGAGAGGAUACCCUACCUCUAUAUCUGAAGUCUCUUCACUUCGUUUCUCACAGUUCCGGGACGUAGAUGUCCUACUAUUAACAACGCUCGGAUAUGGAAAAGUAUCAGGCAGUGUGGAAAUAUAUAAAUAUCGACCAGGAUUUUAUGAUGAAUAUCCUGAAAUCUUGUAUCGGUGUCAACCUUCUCGGCCUACAAUGAUAUGGGCCUCUGCAACCGCAAAAUAUUCGUCAAAGUUUGCCAUUGGCACGUCAUCAGGAGUGAUUGUGCGCUCUGAUGUGCAUUUGCUUCCAGACGAGCCUUCAGCAUUUUAUACGCCAUCUGAUGCUCUGGCCCUUACUUUCGAUGAUACAGCGAAUCAAGUCUUUUGUGGUUGUCGAGACGGAAGCGUAGCAUUAUUUGAUUUACGUGUUCAACGAGGCAUAGAUUAUCGCCGUCCAGUGACGUCUAAAUCAAAGAAUCCGACCAUUCGGCAUGACGUUGCUGUAACAUGUAUACAGGCCUUGAAUGGAGGAACUAGAUUGCUGACUUCUACUUUUGAUGGCAAGCUUCACUUUUGGGAUUGUCGCAACGCCUCAGCGCCGUUGCUGGACUUUGGUGACUCGACAUAUUGUAUACAGAAGCGAUUUGUCACUGAUGAAAUGGAGUCUGUGGUAUUUGCAGCUGGCAAUGAUGGAUAUCUACGAUCAUGGUCUCUACGCAAUGGAAAUCUGUUGAUGCAAAAGCAAGUCGCCGAAGAGAAGCCGUCACGCUCUUGUAUAAGGCUAAUUGGCGAUGAAGAACUUUGGAUUAGCACUGACGGGACAUUACGUGAUCACUUGGAGAGCGAGGCGUCAGUCGUUAGAAUGGACACUACCACUGUCAUGUCAGCACCCGGUAAAGUGCUCGUUGCGGGAGGCUACCUGGUACUUGAUCGUGCAUAUUCAGGGCUGGUGGUUGCCACUUCAUCAAGAUUCUACUGCAGUAUACAACCAUUAAGCCAUUCAUCACGAUCAUCAAACAACCUGAUUAUCGUCAAGAGCCCACAGUUCCUGGAUGGAUACUGGGAAUAUCAAGUUGAAAAUGGGUUUAAUUUGAGGCCUAUCAGCUCCAACCAAAAGUCGAAUGGAUACUUGGAGAUUACGGUGCGGUAUGCAUUGGCUGCUUGUUCUCUUCUGUCAAAGGAAUAUGCGCGUAUACUUGCUGAUGGACUAGAUAUCACGAUACGUGGACACAAUGACUUUUACUCUCAACGUGAAGAGUUAUCAAAACGAUCGCUACCACUAUCAUACGCAUCACUAGAACAACUACCUCCAUUUUGUCCGACACAUACCACACUAUCCCAAGUUCACAAAACAGGACUCGGCUCAUCAGCUGCCAUGAUUGCGUCCCUCACCGGCGCUCUACUAGCCCACUUUAAAGCUGUAGACAUGACCUCAUCAUCAAAACCCAAAGACAUGACACUCAUACACAAUCUCGCUCAACUAUCCCAUUGUCUUGCACAAGGCAAAGUCGGGUCAGGAUUUGAUGUAUCUGCUGCUGUAAGAGGAUCACAUUCGUAUAAACGAUUCUCGCCCACUGUUAUUGAUGGUAUUAUGGAAGAACAUGGGAAGAAGAGCAAGGCUAGUGGUGAAGAUGCAAUCAAUGUCGAUGAAUUAUUGUCGAUUAUCAAUUCAACUGAUAAAUGGGAUGAUGUUGAUGUACCGUUUGAGUUGCCAGCUGGGUUUAGACUCAUGCUGGCUGAUAUUGAUGCUGGCAGCAGUACCCCGAAAUUGGUGUCCCAAGUGUUGGCCUGGAGGAAGGCAAAACCUGAUGAAGCCGAUUCAUUAUGGAAUGAAUUACACUCAAAAAACCAGCAAGUCGAAGCUGGACUUCGGUAUAUGGUGGAAUUGCAAAAGAGUGGAGGAAUGUCAUAUAAUUGGGCCAUAUCGUCAUGUUCCCGUGUGCCUGCUAAUGAGUGGGAUGUCUUAUCAAAGAAGGCAAUGGCGGAAGAGGCCAUCAUCAUCAAGGCCUUGUUUGAUGUGUACAAGUCGUUUCAGGAUGUUCGUCACUGUCUUCGAGAAAUGAGCCGAUUGGCAAAUGUUGCUGUUGAACCACUAGAGCAAACACGUUUGUUAGAUGCGUGUCAAUCGCAACCUGGUGUUCUCAUGGCUGGAGUGCCUGGAGCUGGAGGUUACGAUGCCAUCUUUUGCAUUUUGGUCAAUGAUGUUUCGAGAGACAAGGUUGAAGCUGUUUGGUCAUCAUGGAAGGAAAUGAAUGUAGGACCAUUGCUUGCUACUGCUAGUGAUGGAUCAAUGAGAUUGGAAAACACACACAUCUAG